UAUAGUUUCACAACAAAUUUGCAAUUUAGCUCGCUGCCAAAAUGCAGGACGUAGAUAAUGAAAGUCCAUCCAAGACUAGUAAUCCCGGCUGGAAGCUGUUCCAGGAGAAGAAGUCGAACAGGAACACUCGGCUGCGCUAUUACACCUCCUUCGAAGAAAUGUAUUUGGUUGAGCUAUGGCGCCACCACGUGCACGAGAUACCAGGCUACGAUGAGACCUUUCCCAUAUUUCGCACCAUAGCAAAUGGCAUGUGCGAGCGCAACUCAAAACUAAACAAACAAGAAGUGAAACGCCGCAUUCGCACAUACAAAAACAAAUUCGAAAACGAGCGGCGACGGAUGCAGAACGAUCCUACGUACAAGACCUCCUGGCGCCUUUAUCCAUUAAUCAACUGUAUUUUGGAGCUGCCUUCACCACCGCCCGAUGUGCUGCACGAGCAGAAAACGCUGGAGUCUAUUGAGCGCAUGAUUUCAGCAGAAGUGUCUGAUCUGCCAUCCUUUUAUCCGAACCAAUCCUUCAAGACUGUGAAUGCCACCCGCGACCCAGAUGGCUGUCCAUUUUUGGAAGUUGAGCAACAGCCGGUCACAGUAAAGUCAGAACAGGCGGAGCCGCUUAAUACUCAAAUAAAAAUGGAACCCAACGAAGCGUCAGCAGUCGAUGAUUUUAGUAACAGCCAACAGAACGGCGAGUGGGACGCCGAUGACCACACACGCAAACCCUUGACACCUGCCAAUCGCACCCUGCCAUCCACCAUAACCUACUCAACUGGCCGUCGUGGCUCACGUCGCCGAUCCUUUUUCCCUCGCCCUGGCGCCAUUACAAUGGCACAAAUUUUGAAUCUGCGUAUGGAGAAUCAAUUGAUGGCCGAGCAACGGGAUGCGCAACUAAAGGAGCUCAGACUUAAGCAGAACGAGUUAAAGGUACUGGAACUCUCAUUUCAGUUGUGCCUGCGCGAGCAUAACAUAUUCUUGUCUUCUCGCACUACCCAAUCGCAGUUGGCGUAAGUUCUUGCCAAGCUGCUGUGAUUUGUGGAUUGCAGAUCCCCUGACCCUGACCGGACAAUGGAGAGCAAGCUUUAUACAUUUUGUAAAUUUUUUGAAUAGCUGCUAGAGCCGUGAACGAUGCUCAUUACUGUACGCGAUGUAAGUUAAGUUCCUUAUGCCUAUAUGUCCAGUGUACACGGAUUGUACAAAUUAGCGAGUAAGCUUUUAUUUUUUAAUCAAAUAAUAUUAUGUAAAAAUAUUCUAAAAUAAACUCUAUAAUGUCAACUAUGAAACGCA